UUUGUUGAAUACAGUUGAAUAUAAGACAAGGAUAAAAUGAUACCCAAGAGCACUCGGGUGACGUUUCCGAACGCAACUUAGAUCUGUCGUGUUGCUUGCACUUUUUGCACUUAAAAUCUUUGUUUUCACUCUUUUCAACGCUCUCAAUAUAUGUUUAUCUCGUUUUAAGUGCAAAAAUUUUUAGAUAUUUCAACCAACAGGUCUUUUGACAUUGAUGUUAUGUUCAUGACAAAUUUAUAUAUUGAAAAAAAAUCUUUUAUUAGAUAAAAAGCAUACUAUAUCUUGGAUCGAAAUGUCGAAAGAGAAAAAAGUACUCAUGGUCUGUUUAGGCAACAUUUGUCGUUCACCGAUAGCAGAGGCUAUUUUUCAAAAUGAGGUGAAUAAGAGAGGUUUGCAAGAUCAAUGGAAGGUAGACAGUGCUGGCAUUAUAGGAUAUCAUACAGGUAAAGAGCCAGAUAAUAGAGCCCAAGAUACACUGAAAGAAAAUGGGAUCACUGAUUAUUCCCAUAGAGCACGCCAAAUCAUAGAGACAGACUUUCAUGAAUUUGAUUGGAUAUUUGGUAUGGAUCAUCAGAACAUUAAAGAUUUGAACAUUCAGAAGCCACAGAAUUGCCGAGCAAAAAUAGAACUUUUAGGAAGUUAUGAUCCAAGUGGAAAAAUUAUAAUACGAGAUCCAUAUUAUGAUAGCAAUAGUAUAGGAUUUCAGAAAGUCUAUGAACAAUGUUUAGCAAGUAUAACAGCAUUUUUUAACAAACAUUCAAAUUAACACAUACUACUCUAAAGUAUAAAUUUAUUAGCAUUUUUAGAAGAAUAUAGUUUUAGAUUAAUAUAUGUGAAGUACAUUGAAUUAUCUUAUACAUUGAAUUUAUUAUGAAUUAAAUAUAUUCAAAGAAUAUUUAUACAACUAAUACAGAGAAAUAUAUAUUUGUUAAUACUAUUAUAAAAUAAUUUGUGUAAGGUAAAAUAUAAUGUAAAAAA